AGCCCUAAAAACGAGUAGUAGCGCUGCUGCGACGAUGAGGACACCGGCAGCGUCGCGGCCAGUCUAUGGUGGCUUUAGAAUGCCCACGGCAGAGAAUCUCAUUCCCAUGAGGCUCGACAUCGAGCUCGACUCCCACCGCUUCAAAGAUUCCUUCUCCUGGAACGCUCACGAGAGGGACUCGGAGAUCAUGCCUUUCGCUCGGCGCCUAGUGGCCGAAAUGAACCUCCCGCCUGUUUUCACUCAGCACAUUGUCCAAUCCAUGCAAGCGCAGCUGAACGAAUUCCGCUCCCUGGAAGCACAGCAGCUUAGCACUGAAGAGAAAGUCUUAAUGCUGAAGCUGGACCUGAGAAUCAACAACAUCGUUAUACGUGAUCAGUUCUUAUGGGAUGUUGGUGACUUCGAGAGCGAUCCAGAGGGUUUUGCGAGGGGCUUGUGCAAGGACCUUGAAAUCGAGGAUCCUGAAGUCGCGCCGGGGAUCGCGUUUGCAAUUCGAGAGCAACUGUACGAGAUAGCCAAACAGAAUGUAACAUCAGCCCGAGAAACGAGGAUAACAAAGAAAGCUCGUCGAGAGAGGGGGAUAGAAUUCAACCAUGCAACCACCUCCGGAACAACUGCACUCAACUUAAUGCGACGGCCCAAUAAUAAGAUCAGCAUAAUCAGGAAGAAAACCGAGUGGGAACUGUUCGAGCCUUUCGUUGAAGUUCUCACGGAGGAGGAGUCGAAUACACUGGAUGCAAAAGAAAAUGCACGCCUGAAGAAGCUUAUGGAAGAGAAAGAAGACAGUUUUGCGUCUCGCUACGUCCGUUCGUAGCAUCACCUAUAAGUGGAAGUGAAGUCAUUGCACUUCAGCUGCAUGUAGUAAGGUGUCAAUUACCUGGCUGAUUUUCGGUCGUGGCUGGUUAAUAUCUUCGGUUUCGAGGCAAUGUGUUUGUGAGAGAGAGACUGAUUCGUGUCUGUCUUGUGCUUCGCGCUGUAACAGAUGCACCACCACCAAGCUGUCAUAUCUCAUGUUGUA